CCGUCCAAGCAGACACAGUCAAGAUGCACGGCGACUUGCGGGGCUUCUAUGGCGCUCCUGUGACCUACGCCUUCUCGCUCGCGGUGGGGGCUGCCAGCUCCGCCAGCCUCUUACUGGACCGUGGUCAUCUCUUAGCGCUCGACCGAGACGCCAUUCUCAGUCGUUCACAGUACUGGCGUCUGAUCUCGAGUCAAUUAACCUUCCAUCAUGGGUUGGCUGUGUCUCUGGGGCUCUACACCGUAUUUCAGUUCCGAGUCCUGGAGAGACAGUUGGGCUCUCGUAAAUUCGGCAGUAUUCUCGUUUUCGUGCUGUUAAUUUCGGGUGCACUACAACUCGCGGCGCUGACCUCCUCCCCUUGGUUAGCCAAGACCAUCCCGGGUGGGCCGUACCCUAUCAUUGGAGCUUUUGCCGUCUACUUUAACAAGUUUAUUCCCAAGCUACACCCGCGAUCAUUCAGUGUAUGGGGACUACAUUUCUCGGACAAGUCGAGCACGUACAUGCUCAUGCUUGUGCUGUUCGUACGUGAUUUCCGGGCGUUAAUUCCCUUUAUGGGCGGAUCUUUCCUUGGUCUCCUGUUCCGCUCUACGCCACUCGGACGACUGCAGUUGCCUUCGUUCGUGUGCUCCAUUCUCGGUCUACUACAUCCAUUGUUUAAGGUGGUUCCAGCGAGCACAUUAGCGCUACAGCGGCAGCGGCGUGCACUUGAGGCCCAGCGACGAGUAAAUGCUCGCUUCAAUCGUCGUCCAGGUGCCCCAGCCGUCCAGGGUCAAGGAUUCCGAGACCAGCUACUGCCCGGUGCCGGUGGGGCGAUGCCUGGAGGCGCUCCGGCUGCUGGUGGCAUGUUGCUACCUCACAUGGCCGCUCAACCGCCGUCCGAGGACGCAAUUCAGCAGCUUAUGGCUCUUGGGUUUGAUAGAGAGCGCGCCCUACAGGCACUUCAGACUACGGACAAUAACGUGGAGGCAGCUGCAAAUCGACUGCUUAACGGCUUGUAGAGGAAAGAUGAAGCAUACAACAAGAUAAAAGACAGUGACAGGCAUCAGUGCCGAUUUUCCCAAAA